AUGGAACUGCGCGUGGGCAACAAGUACAGAAUAGGUCGCAAAAUCGGCUCUGGCUCCUUUGGUGAUAUCUACCUUGGAACCAGCAUUGUCAACAAUGAAGAAGUCGCCAUCAAACUGGAGUCGAUCAAAGCAAAGCACCCCCAGCUGGAAUACGAGGCACGAGUUUACAAAACGUUGGCAGGCGGAAUCGGCAUCCCUUUUAUCCGCUGGUUUGGAACAGAAUGCGACUACAACGCCAUGGUCAUGGAUCUCCUCGGACCCAGUUUGGAGGAUCUCUUCAACUUUUGUAGCAGAAAGUUCUCUCUCAAGACUGUCCUCUUGUUGGCAGACCAAUUGAUCUCGCGCAUCGAAUACAUCCAUUCCAAGAACUUUAUUCACCGCGAUAUCAAGCCCGACAACUUCUUGAUGGGCAUCGGAAAGCGCGGCAACCAGGUGUACGUGAUUGACUUUGGUCUAGCCAAGAAGUACCGUGACCCCAAGAGCCAUCUCCACAUUCCUUACAGGGAGAACAAAAACUUGACAGGAACCGCCCGUUAUGCCAGUAUCAAUACCCAUUUGGGAGUCGAACAAUCUCGCCGAGACGAUUUGGAGUCGUUGUCAUAUGUGAUGAUGUACUUCUGCAGAGGAUCACUUCCAUGGCAGGGAUUGAAGGCAGCAACCAAGAAGCAAAAGUACGACCGCAUCAUGGAGAAGAAGAUGACUACAUCAACCGAUAUUCUCUGCCGCGGUUUCCCCCAGGAGUUUGCGAUUUACCUCAACUACGUCCGCUCUCUCCGCUUCGAUGACAAGCCCGACUACUCGUACCUCCGCAAACUGUUCCGUGAUCUCUUUGUCCGCGAAGGAUUCCAAUACGACUAUGUCUUUGACUGGACAAUCUACAAAUACGAGAAGGAGAGCACCCGCGCCCAGCAGAUGAACCAGGCCCAAAAGGAAGAUUACAUGCAGCAACGGACCCCUCACAACCCCACUGUUCCUCGCCACAACGGAACUUACGUCGUGGGAGACAAGACCAACAUGCCACCUGCGCACUAUGGAGGCGCACCUGCUCAAGACCAAUCACGCUUCAUGCCCUCCGAUAGCCGCGUCAACAACAAUCCGGACCGAGUGUAA